AUGGUGGUACGACGUUCUUUAAUAACAUUUAUUUUUGCCAGCAGAUAUGGAAUGGAUCUCAAUGGAGCAAGGCGGAAAAAUGCAACUCGCGAAACGACGAGUACGUUAAAGGCAUGGCUCAACGAGCAUAAGAAAAACCCAUAUCCAACUAAAGGAGAGAAGAUAAUGUUAGCCAUCAUAACGAAGAUGACUCUUACACAAGUUUCUACGUGGUUUGCAAACGCCCGCAGGCGUCUCAAGAAGGAGAACAAAAUGACGUGGGAGCCACGGAACAGAGUGGAUGAUGAUGACAAUAACAAUGAUGACGAUGACCACAAAAGCAACGACGGAAAGGAUGGAUUGGAUGGAAAAGACUCCGGCACUGGUUCCAGCGAAGAUGGUGAUAGGCCACAACAAAGGUUAGAUUUGUUGGGUCAACGGACUGAAUCUGAGUGGUCUGAAUCACGAGCUGACAGCGGUCCAGAAUCACCUGAGCCAUACGAGCGACCAAUACAUCCAGCGUUCCAGCAUCUGCCAUCAAGAGCUCCACCGGGAAGCACGCCCGCAUCAGCGAAGCCGAGGAUAUGGUCUCUCGCAGACAUGGCAAGUAAAGACGGGGAAGUGCCGGCACCACCCGCCUCCGCGUCUGCCUUCUAUCAGUCCGCAGCUGCCGCGGCAGCCGCCCGCCUCGCUCACCCAUACCGACCGGAGCUGUACCGCGGCCUUUACCCCCCGACACAUCCAGCAGAUGUCGCCCUUCUGGAGUACUCCCGCUCUCUCGCUCUGGCUGCUCCCGCCCCGGCUCCCCCUGCGCCAUCCCCGUCGUCGUCCUCCACGUCGUCCCUUGCCGAGCCCCCUCCUCCCUCCCGCGCCUGA